CAACCCGCGAGGAAGAAAAUCGGCGCUGUUUUUAAACUGAACAAGAAUGUGCAAACUUUAUCGGGCAGGUGUGGCUCUUGUGCUGGGCUCGGAACAAACAUUUAACAUCUGUUUUUAACACCGGACAAAGUUAUAUUAUUUCAAGUUAACCCAGCACUAGCUAACCAGGCUGCAGGAAGACACGAUGGAGACGUCUGUAGUGAACCUGUUCAACCAGUUCCAGGGCCUCAGAGCCCAAGUGGACGGUCUGAAUGAGAGCAUCGAACCACAGUACCUACAGAUGGCUGUGAACUUCGAGGAGUGCCGUAAGAAGUGGCUGAGGGUAGGUGAUGAGCUGGUUUCCUGUAAGGAGGUGCUGGCUAAAGCAGAGACUGAGAAGGGAGCCUUGGAGGUUAAACUCAAGCAUGCUCGCAACCAGGUGGAUGUGGAGAUUCGCCGGCGGCAAAAAGCUGAGGCUGUCCAUGAGAAGCUGGAACGUCAGCUGCAGUUGAUCCGGGAUAUGCUAAUAUCAGAAAACAACGGCAGUGUCCACCUCAGUGAAGAGCAGCGCUCUGCUCUGGCCUUUCUCAGUGCCCACUCCCAGGCAGCACAGGCUGCUAAAGGCAACCUCAACACCAGUCGAAGGUUAACUAUCAUUGAUGAAUCAGCUUCUUUGCUGUCUGACAUCAGCUUUGAUCAAACAGAUGACUCACUGGACUGGGAUUCCUCUGCGAUGAGGACUGUGAGGUUGCGAAAACGGCAGAAAAGACGAUCGUCCAGAAAACUCCAUGAUGUUCCUCCAAUGGCUGUGAAGAAACCUCGCUCCACUGGGCGCAAGUCAGAGAGGAUGAAUGAGUCCAUAGUGGCCAAAACCACGAUUACUGUGCCUGUUAAUGGAGGAACUGUGGAGACCGUCUCCACCAUUGAAACUGUACCCUACUGGACACACAGCAGGAAGAGUGUCGCUCCAGCAUGGGCUGACACUACCACUACUGACCAGUCUGAGACCGCCAGUGAGGCUCCCAGCACGCCUGUCUCCAAUUUCCCAGCCAAACUCCGAACCCCCAGAGCUAACAGAGGAGGAAAGAAACACCAGUUCAGUGCCAAAACAGUGAUUAAGUCUGAGUUCUGUGCACCCUGUGGGAGAAGAACAAAGUUUGGCAAGAUGGUCCUCCGCUGCCAGGAUUGUAGGGUUGUGACCCACCCAGAGUGUCGUGACCGCUGCCCCCUGCCCUGUAAUCCUACAGCUGUUAGCACUCCCCUAAAGAACUCAGAGAGCACCUUGGCUGACUUCGCUCCAGUCACCUCUCCAAAGAUCCCGCCUCUGCUUAUCUACUGUAUAAAGGAAAUUGAACACAGAGGCCUACAUGAGGUUGGCCUUUACAGAGUCUCUGGCCACGAGCGCUUGGUGAGGGAGCUGAAGGAGAAGCUGAUUAGAGGAAAGACUCUGCCUCCGCUUCACAAAGUAGAAGAUAUCAACGUCGUUACCGGUGUCCUCAAAGACUUCCUCAGAAAGCUUCCUGAGCCCCUGCUCACCUUCCACCUCAACAAAGCUUUCAUGGAGGCAGCUGAAAUCCAGGAUGAGGGCAACAGUCUGGCUCAGUUGUAUCAGACCAUCAGUGAGCUGCCUCAACCCAACCGGGACACUCUGGCCUGCCUGAUGAUCCAUCUGCAGAAAGUCUCCCAGAGUGUGGCUACUAAGAUGGAUGUGAUCAACCUGGCCCGAGUGUUUGGGCCUACUCUUGUAGGUCAUGCUGUUCCUGACCCAGAGCCUAUGACCAUCCUGCAAGACACAAACAGACAACCAAGGGUUAUAGAGCGCCUGCUCAGUAUGCCGGAACACUUCUGGGGCCAGUUUGCUUAUCCAGAUAAUGCAGGCGUUGGAAAUGAUCACCACUCUGCAACUCCAGACCACAAAGUGAGCAUAUUGGGACCAGUGACCACUCCAGAGCACCAGAUGAUGUCUAAAACUCCGUCCUCCAGCUCGCUCUCCCAGCGCAUGAUGCACACACUCUCCAGCACCACCAUAUUUGGAAGUAAGAGCAAAGCAACAGCUGCCUCUAAUCGCCAGGGCCACUUCUUCGCAUCUCCACAGCUGAAGUAAUGGCAAAAGGACGGGUGAAAGCCAUCUUGUGCUUCUUUGUCACUAAAAACAAAAACUGCAAAUAUAUAUAUUCACAUAAUCAUGUUGGACUAACUCUACGUGAAACAUUUUGAUUACUGAGUUUUUUUAUGCAAGACUUUCUAACCAUUUUUUUUCUUAUUGAAGAUUCCUGCAUGAAUAUUUCAGUUUUUAUAUCCUUGAUUACUAAUGAUUUAUUAUUGACCUAACCUGCUGUGACAAGUUUAAAGGCUUUAAUCACAAACAACCAUCCUAAACAUUUUAAAGGAUCAGUAUCUGCUUUGUCUCAAACUCUUGUGUUUGAUGUUUGAAGACACUAUGAAUGAAUUGGACCAUCUUUAAACCUUCGGUUGUUACCUCAGUGCCAGUAGUGUUUGAACACUUUGUGACGUACACUGAUGCAAUAGCGUUGGUUUCCUUGUUGUUGUCCAGAAACUUUUGUUUUCAUGAUUGAACAUUUUAUUUUAUGUUUUUAUUUUGUGUGCUGCUGUAUAAGAAUCAUGCAGAAUGAACUGGUUUAACAAUAUUGCAUGUAAACACUGACACUGAAUGGGAAUAAUGUUGCAUUUUGCACUUGUAUCUUUGUAACAAUCGGAGAGAAUGUGUUUUCUACUUGGGAGUACUCGCCACUAGAGGCUGCUUUUGCACCACUUUUGAAGUGCCAGCCUUAAACAAUGAUGAUAAACUACAGUACAUGAUACGCCCAACUAGUCAGUAUAACUGACAGUCAUUACAUUCUCAUAGAUGAACUGCUCAUUGGAAAUACUGUAAGGUGUUCCUGUGACAUAUAUCAAUCACAUUUUCUCCCUCCCAAGCCAAAGAUUACAUCGGUUUUAAUCUUUAAAAAAAAAAAAAAAGAAGAAUCUGGAGUGUAACCUCCUUCAGUUCUUAUAUCUACAUAUUUGAGAGUUGAUUUGCAUGCACACUUAUGUUUCUGAGUAUUUGUAUCCACUCCAAUCCAAUUUUCUUGUACAGUUACAUCACCCUUUAUGCAAAACAAAUGGCGCUCUUUCUGAGGUGAUUUCCUCUCUCUGCUGCUCUCUCGCUGUCACAACUUAUUAGCUCCAGAUUGUAGCGUGAUGAUGACAAGUGUAAGUUAUUAAGAAGAGAAAUAAUCACGUUGACAAACUGAUUUCACUCUCUGAUUAAACCAAAUAUAGCUUAAAGUUUGGCUGUAAAUGAAGAAACAAGGCUGUGAUAUUGUUUUUAUACAUUCUUGUACAUUUAUUCUAUUGUAUUUGACUUUUCUGACAAAAUAUUUUCUAACUGAUGUCUGAUUACUUUCACCCAAUAUUUUGUGGACUAAAUGUAAAUGCUCAUUCCUUUGUCUUAGCUCAAAUACAAUCAUAAUGGUCCAUGGCUGAGCUGGAAAUAAAACAUCAAAAGACUGGUG